UAAAUGUGUGUAAGAAGAAAAUCACAACAAUAUUAUUGUACGGUCUCUCUCUCAUUUUUGUUAAUUCUUUCUCACUUGAUUUGAGAGAAAAUGGAAGAAAUGAGGAACAAAGUAGACGAGAACGGAAAAAAUACGACCGCGAAGGAAGUGACGAAGAAGACGACGAUGCUCGUUGCCGGAGAGUAUGACGAGUAUACACCGGAUGAAAUCAUGAGUCUCGUUGAGUCUUCUUCACCGACAAUGACGACGACGGAGAUCGAAGGAACUAACUUUUCCGGCGAGGGGAGUUUUAGAGUGAGGUUUAUCGACGACCCGUACGCUAUGCCGGUGGUUGUUCAGUCGUCUUCCGGUUACAUCACGAUCAAUGUCAACGAAGAAAGCUGUGGUCCGUCCUUUUCAGACAGCGACUCUUCCGUCAUGGCAAGCGUCGACGCUAGUGGUCUGUUCGGUUGCUGUUUCGAAUACGGAAACGAGAAAGGCGGCGCGUGGAGUACAAACGAGGUGAGAGCGAGUGAGUAUGAGUGGAACGACGAUAUGUUGGCGAGGUUUCUAGGCGAAGACUGUGUUUGACCGUUUUGUCGUAUUUUCGAGAAAGCAUGAUAUUUGAAGGUAGUUUGGUCAUUAACUUGGAAGGUAAUUAUGGUGAAAAAAGGUGAAAAUGAUUUACACGUUUGUUAAUAGGAGGAAGAAAAAUGGAAUAUCAGUAAAUGUUAGUAGUAGAGUAGGUCUAGUUAGUAGUUAAGUGGUUUAAUGUGACCAUUUUGGUAAUUUCGUCACACUGCGGUACUAAUUUCUCUAAUAUGGUUUUAUUUUAGGGUAUAUUUUUUAAAUAUGAAAACUACUGAACCCCUAAGUAAAAUGAAUGCUCUAUUUACAAAUCCAUCCUUAGAUUUUUACAUGUGUUAUCAUCAUCGACUCAUAGUCUAAUAAUGUACAUGGAUUAUUU